CUAAAAUGAGUUUCUCUGGGGAGAGGAAGGAAGGGGGCCCUGCCUCUAAAAUGCAUCUCUCUGGGGGACAUGACAUCAAAACUAAGAGUCCAAUCAAGCAGGAGAGACCAGCCUCCCCUGUUCCCAGCUGUGUGUCCAUGAAGAGUGACUGGUAUAUGGGUCAUCCUAUAGUGUUUAGAGAGGGAGACUUUUCUACUGAACAAAGACCAAUCAAGCCGGAGAGAACAGCCUCCCCUGUACCCAGCUGUGUGUCCAUGAAGAGUGAUCGGUCUAUGGGUACACCUAUAGAGUUUAGAGAGGGAGACUUUUCUACUGAACAAAGACCAAUCAAGCCGGAGAGAACAGCCUCCCCUGUACCCAGCUGUGUGUCCAUGAAGAGUGAUCGGUCUAUGGGUACACCUAUAGAGUUUAGAGAGGGAGACUUUUCUACUGAACAAAGAUUCUCUAACCAAACUCUGAGAUCAGUCUCUCCAGUACCCAGUCAUCUGUCCAUGAAGAGUGACUCCUCUAUGCAUCAUCCUAUACAUUUUAGUGAUGGAUCAGGGACCUUUGACCCCAGUGACUUCUCCAUGGAUCAUCCUGUUAAUUCCAGUGGUGGAAAAUCAAUCACCUUUGACCGAAGUGGAUGGUCUACUCUGCCAGAGGAUGAGUCCAGGUGUGCAGUGUGUCAGCAGGUUCUGAGGGAUCCGGUCUCUAUCACCUGUGGACACAGGUUCUGCAGACAGUGCAUCACCAGAUACUGGGAGAAACCUGCUCCUUCAGGAGACUAUGACUGUCCUCAGUGUAGAAAGAGAUCCAGAACACUUCCUGUACUACAGAACCUGAGGGAACCCAAUGAUGCAAGAGGCUCUGAAAACAUGGAUGACAGCCUGCAGAGAGCUAUAGUAAACCAUAAAGCCAGUCUGAAAAGGAGGUAUGAAUGUGUGAUAGAAGGCAUGGAAACAGCAGGGAACCAAACUCCCCUCAACAGGAUUUACACAGAGCUCUACAUCACAGAAGGAGAGAGUGAAGGUGUUAACAAUGAACAUGAGGUGUGGCAUCUAGAGACAGCAUCCAGGACACCAACCUCACAUGACACAGCAAUCCACUGCAAUGACAUCUUUAAACCCUUAGCUGGCCAAGAGAGAAGCAUCAGAACUGUGCUGACCAAGGGCAUCGCUGGCAUCGGAAAAACAGUCUCUGUGCAGAAGUUCAUCCUAGACUGGGCUGAAGGGAAGGCAAACCAAGAUGUGGAGAUCAUAUUUGUGCUUCCUUUCCGGGAGCUGAACUUGAUCAAAGAUCGUCAGUACAGUCUUCUCAGACUUUUUAAAUGACUUCCACACAGAACUAGACAUAGGCAAUGCAAAGAAACUCACUGCCUGUAAAGCUAUGUUCAUCUUUGAUGGUUUGGAUGAAAGCAGACUUCCAUUAGAUUUCCAGCACAAUGAAAAGGUGUCUGAUGUCACCCAGACAUCAUCUAUUGAUGUUCUGCUGACAAACCUCAUCAAGGGAAUCUGCUUCCCUCUGCUCUCCUAUGGAUAACCUCCCGACCAGCAGCAACCAAUCAGAUCCCCCCUAAGUGUGUUAACCAGGUGACAGAGGUACGAGGGUUCAAUGACCCACAGAAGGAGGAGUACUUCAGGAAGAGAUUCAGUGAUGAGGACCUGGCCAGCAGAAUCAUCUCACACAUAAAGACAUCAAGGAGCCUCCACAUCAUGUGCCACAUGCCGGUGUUCUGUUGGAUUUCUGCAAUAGUCUUUGAACACAUGUUGAGGACAGACAAGAGGAGAGAGAUGCCCACGACUCUGACUGAGAUGUCCAUACACUUCCUGCUCAUUCAGACCAGCCUGAAGAACCAGAAGUAUCAUGGAAGAGAG